UGUUAUAAAGUACUGGGCUACAGAAGCAACUGAAGUGAUAUUUGGAGAGUACAGCAUUAAGUUAUUGAAUGAAGAGCUCUAUGACUUGUAUACUGAGAGAACCAUUGAAAUCAAAAACAAGAUGAAAGGUGGCUCCAGGCAUAAGGUAGUACAGUAUCAGAUAACUGGCUGGGAGCCAAAUGGAGAAGUGACUUGUCACCAGGCUAUACUAAUGAUAUUAGAAGAAAUGAAUAAAACACAAAGAAGAAGUGGAAACACAAGCAUUGUAGUACACUGCAGUGAUACAGUUGGUCGUUCAGCAAUGUUCUGUGCAGCUGCUACAACAAUUAAUAAAUGUAAAACUGAAGGAGUCAUUGAUGUAUUUCAAGUACUCAAAAGUCAACGUAUUCAAAAACCAGGCAGUGUACAGACUGUUGAACAAUACAAAGGAAUAUUUGAGAUAGUUCAAAUCUACUUGGACUCUUUCAUGUUAUACUCAAAUUUCUCUUCAUAAAAUUAACACUUAAUACUAUACACACACAAUGUAAAUCGCUGCUUCAUUUUUUGAUACUCACAAUGUUAUUUUAUUUACAAAGCAUCAUAUUUUUAUAUUCUUAUUGCUAUAAAUACAUUAUUGUUCUGUUUCACUUUUUAAUCUUUA